AGGAGGGUCUCGUCUUUCUCAGUCGCUGUCCUCACCUGUCCCAUGUACCAGGUCCCACGGCGCCCCCAGCAGGCCGAGGUCCUUCUUGUUCCUCACACUUCCGCUUUGUGGGUUCGUGAGUCCGACUCUUUUCAGGUUUUGACAACCAUCACGCCGACAGGGAUGCUCAAUUCCCACCCGGAACACACUUCCGCUCACCUCGUUCUCUCUCUCAGAACACACUUCCUCUUAAUCCACCAAUCACACUAACAGUAAGUGAUAUCCAGUGAAGUAUGGCCGAGGCGUCUCCGGUGUCACUCAUGCUCCUCUACGCAGUCGUCUUCAGCUUUCACUGGAGCUGCUCCACGCACACGGAAUCACACAUCUUCUUGUUCCGCUUCUGGUUCUUCAGUAGUGGAUCUGACCGAGUGCUGACCUUUGCUUCAUAGUGACGCCAUGUUACACGGAAGAUGAUGUCAGAGGUGUUCUACAGCGAUGACGUCACGGGGGAGCGAGGGUCUGUCCCCCUGGACAUUGACAACGUCCACAUGCUGCUGCAAGUGGAGCAAGAGCAGAUCCAGAAGAGGACCUUCACCAACUGGGUCAACGCCCAGCUGGCAAAGAGGAGGCCUCCGUGCAUGGUGGUGGAUCUCUUCAACGACUUCCGCGAUGGAUCCAAGCUGUUGGACCUGCUGGAGGUGAUGAGCAACCAACGCAUCAGCCGCGAGCGAGGAAGAGGAACUUUCCAGCACAGGAGCAAUAUUGAGAAGGCCCUGGCCUUCCUCAGGCACAAAUCAAUCAAACUGGUCAACAUCAACGUUCCCGACAUCAUCGAUGGCAAACCUUCCAUCAUCCUGGGCCUCAUCUGGACCAUCAUCCUGCAGUAUCACAUCGAGGAGCUGGCCAGCGCACUAUCCUUCAACUCCCGUCAGUCCUCCAUGGAGUCUCUGGCCAGUCUGGACUCUCGCUCCACGUGGUCCAGCCGCUCAGCCAGCAGCAGCCCUGUCCCCUGCCGAGGCUCGCCCCUCCACGCCCGCUUCAGGGUGUCAGCCAAGAAGGCCCUUCUUCUGUGGGUCCGCGAGCAGUGCCACAGGGCCGGCUGUUCCGUCAAUGUCAAGGACUUCAAGGGCAGCUGGCGGAGCGGCCUAGUUUUCCUUGCCAUCUUGUACGCCCUCAGGCCCGACCUGGUGGAUCUAUCCAAAGCCAGAAGCAGGAGCAACAAGCAGAACCUGGAGGAGGCCUUCUGUGUGGCCGAGAGAGAGCUGAGGAUCCCACGGCUGCUGGAACCCGACGAUGUGGAUGUUCGAGAGCCCGAUGAGAAGUCCAUCAUGACCUACGUGGCCCAGUUCCUGCAGUAUUCCAGAGACCUGCCCAUCCCCGAGGAGGACGUGCAGACACAAUACUUGACUCCUCCAAAAGCUCCUUCUCCUCUCAGCCUCCCUGUGCACUAUACGCCCGCUAUCUCUGCUUCGCCACUGCGCCAGGCGACACCCGAGCGUAAAGCACAGGAAGUGUCGUGCUGGCUGCUUCAGGCCUACGAUGAGCUGCUGGAGGGCUGGGACUCCACCGAGGGCGAGAGCUACUCGGAACGUUACCACGUGUUCCAGACCUUUCUGGUGUCCUUCAAUGAGCAGCGGCGCCCCAUCAUGCCCCUGCUGACCGCCAUGAGACGAAGCGCCAAGCUGAGUGAGGAGCAGCGAGCCCUCAGGGAGGCGUGGGACGCCCUCACGGAGAAGCUACGGGACUACAAAAUAGAGUUAGACGUGAGGCUACCGCCACCUCUGGACAUGGUGGCACGCUGGCUGCUGAGAACCGAGGAGGUCCUGGCCGAGGAAGACGCUGACCCCCUGGACCAUGGCCGGGCUGCGGACGAAGCCAAGGAGAAACAGGAGCAACUUAAGGUCUGCCUGGAAGAGAUGCCCCAGCAAGUGAAGACUUUCCAGGCCUUCCAGAACCAGGAUGAUUACGGAAACAUGUUGGUCCCUACUGAAAAGAUGGAAGAGCUGAAGAGAAGGUUCACCGGCAUACGGGUGACGGCCAAGUACCAUGGCAUCAAGCUGGAGUACCGUGAGGACCGUCACACGGUUUUGGAUCUGCUGGGCCAGAUCAGGACAAAAGUGCGUUUGUGGAAGAGGCCUUAUCUUUCUCCAGAGGCUGUCAGAGUGCUGCUGCAGGAAUGGCAUGAGCUGGUGAACACACAAGAGCUACCUUCCAUGUUGGAAGCAGCUCUUCAUAAGUUGAAGCUGGUUGCUGAGAAAUACGCAAGCAAGUCUGCCCUGGCUGCAGACUACCACCAUGUUUGUCAACAAGUGACGCAGCUCUCGGAGGACACGGCGGCGGUACUGGUGGAGGUCACCUCAGCCAAGAGCACCAUGGGACGGACUUUGACUGCUUGGGACUCCUACAGCGACGGGAUCAGCUCCAUGCAGGCGUGGCUAGAGCAGAGUUCAGCCCGCCAGAGCUACGAUCCUCCAUCAAAGGUGACAUCCGAAUCCCUGGAUGAGUGGAGAUCCCGACAGGCUCACCUGAACGAGGUGGCGAACUUCCUGAUAGAGUCGAGCGACCCACACACCAGCAAGAGCCUGGCAGAGGAGCUCCACAAGCUCAAUGUGAACUGGACCAGAUGCAUCCAGACAAAUGCCUUGGACAGCACAGAUGAGUCUAAUGCUGGGAUCAAGACCAGACUAGAAGACCUCCAGGCUCUGGUCAGGGAGGCCAGUCUUCUACUCCAAGAGCCUCUUGACACAAUGGCAGGUCCUUUACGCAUCUACAGAAAAAGAAUGCAGUUCUUACUGAGGAAGAUAAAGGAAGUUGAUGAGGAACCUCCUGAUUCAUCUUCGGAAGGUCCAGUUGAUAAGUUCCAGAAACUGAAGAUGGCCAUGCCUCAGACCCAGCAGACUCUGUGCCAAGCAGAGCAAGUGUGUGCGGAGUUGCAGCACAGUGUCUCAGGUCUGGACAGUCGUCUGGCUGAGCUAUUACUCUGGGAGACUGAGGCUAGGGACCUCUACCAUCUGCUGAGGGCCACAGAGCGACAGCAGCGGAGAGGCCAGGAUCCAAGAGCUCGGGUCCUGAUAUCUCGUGGGCUCCAGUUGGAGGGUCAGGUGGUGACAGAAGAUCAGGACCUUCAAGUAUUAAUAAUGAAACAUCAGAAGAGCUCCCCCAUUCAGUACCUCCAUGCGUCCACCAUGCAAGAGCGUGUGAGGGCGGCGGUGGCUCAGUCGCAGGAGGCGGUGGGUAUGCUGAGCAGCUUGGGAGCCAGAAGAGACAGAAGCAGGAGCCCCACAAGGGAGCCCCCAUCCAAAGUCUUCAUUCAGGCUAAAACCAAGCCCCAUCAUCUAAGACAGUCUGACACUGGACCACCAGUCCAGGAGUGGGCUACCUUGCCGGAAUGUCAUCCCUCUCAAGACGUGUUUGUGCCAAAGAUCGUGGUGCAGGAAUACGGAGAAGAAGGGAGAAGUUCACCUCCACCGUCAUUUAGUUCUAUACAAGCAGCCAUGCAGACCAGGCCACCACCAGCAGAAGGCCAUUCUCAGGCCUGGACAGUAGUGAUGGAACAGCAGCAGCAGACUGUGGAGGACACCCCGAUGCAGCAGCAGGAACUUAGAAGACCAAAGCCACAAGAGCCCAAGUAUCAGCAACUGCAAAUAGAAGUAGGAGAAGAACAAGAGAUCAUUAAGAAAGAGACACAAGUACGGAAAGAUGAGCGACCGGUGGAGAUUAAGGAAGUGGAGCAGUACGUCCAGGUCAUGCCGCAGACAACUGCAGUACAGGAGCCGAUGUCACCAGCAAAGAAACCUCUCAACUCACAAGAACUUCAAUCCAAAAAGGCCCAGGCUUUGAAGAACCGCCCCUGGCUUCAAAGACCACUAGAACAUGAACAUCAAAGUCCAAAUAAGGUUUCUGCUCAAGAACCAGUUCAGGCUACGCAGACACAGACAAAUAAAGACAUAAUGGGUUCCAGCGAGGUUGCUCCUCACCAUACAGGAACCCCCAGGUCUCAGCCUGAAACCCAAGACGAGUCGGCUGGUCGGUCAACACAACAGAAGGAACAGCCAAGUGAACUACGGCAGAAACCACAUAUGCCAAUUGUAGCAGCACAGCCGGAUAAAGACACACCAGAUGAUCCAGUAGAUCUUCCUCUUCGGCAAGCAAAGGUCAAAAGUCAGCCCCCGGCCGAAACGAGGUCUCAGGUUCAGCUACAGCCUCCGACCCAUGGCCAAGUUUUAGCUCAAGGGCCGACCUGGGCUCAAGUCACACCUUCAUCUCCAAGGCAGGCUCCUCCCCUGCAGGAUCAAAUUCAGCCGCCUGUCCCUUCCCACAUUCAGCUUCGGAGUCACCCACAGUCCUGGUCCCCUGUCAGGCCGCCCUCCCCUAAACCACCAGCACAGAUACAAAGUCAAACCCAAGAAAUUGCUCACUCUCAGAGACAUCCUCAUUCGACUCAGCCGGAAAACCAAGCGACGCUUCAACUUCAAAGUCAUUCUCACCCAGAGACCCAAACUACAAUCUAUGCAGUUCCGCCCCAAACCGCUGCUGCACCCAUGGCUCCUACACCCAUGGCUCCUACACCCAUGGCUCCUGCACCCAUGGCUCCUACACCCAUGGCUCCUACACCCAUGGCUCCUACACCCAUGGCUCCUACACCCAUGGCUCCUGCACCCAUGGCUCCUACACCCAUGGCUCCGACACCCAUGGCUCCUACACCCAUGGCUCCUACACCCAUGGCUCCUACACCCAUGGCUCCUGCACCCAUGGCUCCUACACCCAUGGCUCCUACACAAACCCAGCUCAUGCCACAGACAGGGACCCAGCCCCAAACCAAACCUCAACCCACGGCCAAGAUUCAACCAAAUGCUCAGCCAAAGACCACGCCUGAAAACCAAGCACAAAACUUAAUUCAGCAUCAGAGUCUUUCUCUUCCACAGACCCAGACCCAAACCACUGCCAAGUCAAUGAAUCAACCCCAACCCAGUCCUGGAUUCAUGGCCCAUGAGCCCAAAAAAUCCCAAGCAAAGACACAACCGCAAAGGUAUGCUCAGCCAAUGGUCCAAACUCCCGAGCCCAUAGCGGGGGUUCAAACACAUCCUGUGGCAAAGGUUCAGUCCCAGUCCCAGAAGCACGUUUACUCUGCAACACAAUCACAUGCCAAAACUGAGACUGUGCCCCAGAUUCAAGCACCAACUCAAUCUCCAUCACAGCCUCAAACCCUUGCCCAUUCAAAACCUCAACCAGGUCUGACACAACCUUUGAAACAACACCACCCUCAAGGUCAACCGGUAGUCCAGCCUCAUGGUCCCCCUUUGGCUCAAUAUCACACAAUGUCUCAGUCAGCAGUCCAACACCAAGACCAUAUUGCCCCGGGCCACCUUGCCGCUUGGACCCAUGGUAGCAGCUCCUCCUCAGGGUCCAUGAAACAUCCACAGGCUCUGGUGCAACCCCAGGUUUACCCUCAAAAUGACCCCACGGCUCAGCAGUGGACACAAAAUAAAGACACUGUCCAGCAAAGGCAACACAUUUCCCAAACAUAUACUCAGCUAACGAGUCAAGUGUUCCAGUCUCAGGCUCCACAAGCACCACAGUGGGCUCAAGGGGGUCAUCCGCAAAGACCUCAAAUGGGGCCCACAGGGUAUUCUAACAUGGCACAAUCAUAUAAUCAGUCUCAGAUGCAGAUACACUCACACGCUCAACUCCAGACUCCAACAAUAUCCCAAACAAGACCCCUGAAUCAACAACAGACGCACAUGCAAGCGUUUGAUGCGACUCCAAUGCAGACACAACCAGGCCUUAGUGGGCAGCAGGUGUGGAUGCAGGUACCCCAUCAUUUCCAGUCCCACCCCUCUUACCCCCAGGGUCAGCAAUAUCCACCCGCUGAACAUCAGCCCCAGACUAAUAUCCGUGCUCAGAUACCUCAACAACUACAUCAUACCAAUCUUCAGUACCUUCAACCUCAUGGGCAGGCCCAAGCCCAACCUCACAUCAAGACACAUUCACAAGCACAACCACAGAUCCAUCUGACCCAGCAAAAUCCUCCGCUCCAACAGAUCCCUCCCUUCAGACCGAUGGCUCAGACACCAAACCAACCCCAGGCUCAAUCGCUGUCACGAUAUAUACCUGAACCACCUCCAGCACCACGACCCAAAAUGCCAUCACCGACUCAAACCAUGGUUCAUUCGCUACCGCAAUGUAGACCUGAACCACAGCUUCCACCACACCCUUCAGUUCAGUCACCGGCCCAACCCAAGGCCCAGUCACUGCCCUUAUAUCAACCAGAACCCCAGCCAGCUCCUCAACCCAAGGCCCAGUCACUGCCCUUAUAUCAACCAGAACCGCAGCCAGCUCCUCAACCCAAGGCCCAGUCACUGCCCUUAUAUCAACCAGAACCGCAGCCAGCUCCUCAACCCAAGGCCCAGUCACUGCCCUUAUAUCAACCAAAACCCCAGCCAGCUCCUCAACCCAAGGCCCAGUCACUGCCCUUAUAUCAACCAGAACCCCAGCCAGCCCCUCAACCCAAGGCCCAGCCUUCCACUCAAACCAAGGCUCAAUCGUUGCAACAAUAUAAACCUGAAACCCAGAUAGCGGCACAUGUUCCACAGCCCCAGCCAGCUCCUCAACCCAAGGCCCAGUCACUGCCCUUAUAUCAACCAGAACCCCAGCCAGCUCCUCAACCCAAGGCCCAGUCACUGCCCUUAUAUCAACCAGAACCACAGCCAGCUCCUCAACCCAAGGCCCAGCCUUCCACUCAAACCAAAGCCCAAUCGUUGCAACAAUAUAAACCUGAAACCCAAAUAGCAGCACAUGUUCCACAACCCCAGCCAGCUCCUCAACCCAAAGUUCAACCUUCCACUCAAACCAAGGCUCAAUCAUUUCCACAUUGUAUUGCAGAACCCCGACCACCCCAGCCAGCUCCUCAACCCAAUUUGGCAUCAACUCAAAGUAAAAGUCAAUCCCUGCCACCCCAGCCGGCUCCUCAGUCCAUACAGUUCUCACCAACGCAAGGCAGUGUAAAAUCAAUACCAGAACCUUCACCUGAACUCAAGAUUCAGUCACCAGGACCUGAACCCGAGUCUCAAUCGCAGUCACAGACCACUGUCCAGAUUCCCCCUCCUUCCCAGUCCCAAUCUCCAAUUCAAUCCACUCCACAAUACACACAAAAACCAUUCCAAGCGAUUGUCCAUUCCCAGGUCUGUGUGUCUCCUCAAUCCCAAGCAGAGUCGCCAGACCUGUGCUUCACACCUCCGGUCCUUGCUCAAGCACCCCCCCAAGCGUACUCAGAGGCCUAUGCUAAAGCCCAGGCUUUGGCUAGGAACGGCUUUGAGGAGGCUAAGCACUGCCUGCAGGGCCACAUCCUGGAGGCUAUCAUGAUCUUCAAAGAGAAAUGUAUACCAGACCAGCAAGCAUCGCUCACAGAAACUCUGAAAACCCAGGAUCCUGAAUUACUGGAGGAAUUUCUGAGAGCAGCCAAAGGCAUGGAAGCCUUUUGUACACCUUCACAGCUAAAGGACAUGGAGGUCUUCACUCAGUCUGUCAGGUCUCAGUGGGAGUCUUGCUUCUCCUCGGCGGGAAGCUUUGCCCAAGCAAGCCACCAGCUGGAGGCCUUAAAGGAGCUGUGUGACAUGCUGAGUCCCGAGGAUGCUCAUCGCCUUGCCCACACUCAGCUGAGGGAGUGCGAGAGCAGCCUGGCUGCCAUCCAACGCCAGUUCAGUGGAGACCAGGAGGCUCCUCUGCCUGAUUCAAGGACUCCUGCUGGAUUUGGUGUGGAUCAGACCCUACAAAAAGAAACUAAUGGAAAACCUCAAAUCUCAUCUGAGGUGUCUCAAAUAAAACUCCAAACAGCAACUGUGGAGCAUAAAGAGGUGAAAAAGCAGCCCCCCUUUGGGGAAGAAGUCAUCAAAAAGGAAGCCUUGGAGAGAUACGAUAACUUCAAGAAGUCUCUGCAAGUCCAGCUGUCGAAAAACGAACAGAGCAUCAAUGAGGUUCCAUCAGACUCUGUGACCCUAAAAGGUCUUCACUCACGCCUCCAGGAAAUACAGUUCUUGAGGCAAGAGACAGAAUCUUUGUGGUCUGAGUUUGCCAACCAGUGCUCCCAGUUGAGUGGAGACGAUGGUGUGGAGCAGGAGAAACUGGAGCUUGAGGAUCAGUGGCGGGCCCAACAGUCCAACCUUCAGAGGAGAGGCAGCUCGCUGGGUGCCGCCCUCAGACAGAUUGACUCGACAGAGAACCACAUGGUGGAUUUCAGCGAGCGCCUGGACCGCUACCUGAGACAACCCAAGGACGUCACUGCCUUCACGUUGUCAAACACCAACAUCCUGAAGGACAUCAAGGAGCUGGAUGAAAAUAUCCAGAGUGAACUGGAUCAGCUUUCCCGUCUGGAGCCUGAAUCCAGCAACCUGGAUCCCAGAGACUGCUUAACCCUCUCCCGUGAGGUGGAUGCCCACAGAAGCAGCCUGGAUCAGCUCCGCCAACAAGUUCGCAAGAGUGAGGCAGCUGCUCGCGCUCUGGACCGCUUCCUCAUGUCACUCCGCACCUUAGAGGAGGACAUCGCCGGAGUCCAGGGAGUCCAGGGAGUCCAGGGAGUCCAGGGAGUCCAGGGAGUCCAGGGAGUCCAGGGAGUCCAGGGAGCCCCGUGCGGUGAUGCCACCAUCUGGCAGGACCGUCGUGCCAAGCUGACUCUCAUUAGGCAGAGCGUGGACAGUCUGAAAGACAAAGCUCCGCAGCUAGAUCUUCUGCUGCAGGGGGCCCGGCUGACGGUAACCAGGGAUGGUUCUCCUGCAUCCUGCCUGGACAUGGUCAGUGUCCUGCUGAAGAAGCUGGAAGAGGCUGACACUGGACUUGUGGGACAGCAGCAGAUCCACAAGAAGGAAACCCAGAGCAAAUCGUUGGGAUUGAGGAGGAGGGCCCUGUUGGGAGAAGUGAGGAAGCUCCAGGAAGCCAUGGAAGCACGAGGCCUGACGGAGGCCACCAUACCAGCCGUGCAACAGAGGCUGCGGGCUCUGUCUGAUUUGGAGGACCAGCUGAAGACUCAGAACGCAGAGCUCCAAGGUCUCAGGGAACUUCCUGAAGGUCAAAAUCUCCUUGAGGAACUGGACACCGAAUACAAGCAGACUGAAACAUCCUUGACGGACAGGAAGCAGCAGUGCAGCAUCCUGCUGGAGCUGCUCAAGACGUUCCAGAGCUGCCGCAGUCAGCUGAGCAACACCAUGCAGAGAGCCGAGCAGACCAUCUCUGAGCACACCUCCUACAUGGGCAAAGACAACCUUCACAGGAUUAUAACCAAGGUCCAGGAUAUUAAGAAGGAGCUGAGUGGCCUCAGUGAGCAGAUGGAUGAGAUCAGGGCCGUUUGUAGGCAGCUGCAGACCACGCUCAAGAAGUUUCCGGACUGCCGCGAGGUUCCGUUUGAAGCUGAGGCUGACACGCUGAUGGACAACUGGCUGGAUAUGACGGAGAAAACAGACAGUUACAUGGACAACCUUCAGGUGGGCUUGGAACUGUGGGACAAGCAGCUGAUGCUGGGAGGAGAGAUUGAUGGCUGGGCGGCCACCAAACUGGCGCUCUUUGCGGAGAGCCACCCCUUCUACAACCACCAGCAAGUCAUGGCCAUGAAGGAGGAGAUCCAAGCCCACGAGGAGAACAUCCAACAUUUCCACAAGAAGUCUGAGGAGAUCCAGGAAAUGCUUGAAAGCCAGGACGCUCCACUGGAGCUACAAGUGAUGGAAACACAGCUGAGGAAGAGGAUGGAACAGGUGAAGGAGCUGUUUGCAGACUGCACCGAUGUGUUUGAGGAGCUGAUGGUGGUGAAGAAACAUCUAGAAGAAAAGAUCGAGGGGUGUCUGGCAGCCAUCGAGAACAUCCAGUCUUCUGUCAGUCAGGUCCAGGCCUCAGAACCAAAGGCGGAGACCCAGAUCCAGGAUUUGUGCGCCAACCUGGAGGAGCAGGAGGAGCAGGCGGAGUCGGUGCUGCGUGAGAUGGCCCUGGUCACCAGUGUGGCCAGUCCCCAGGUGCUGGAGACGCUUUCGGCGGACUGCGGCCGACUGACAGACGCCAUCGCCCGCACCAAAGACAUGAUCCAGCGGAAGAGAGAGGAGCGGGACGAAGGCUUGCUCAAGGUCAUUGAAGAUGAGAGACAGUCAUUUGAGGACUGGUUCCAGGAUCUGCAGUUGGCCGUCAAUGAGUGCUUUGAGAACCCGGAGAGCCGAUCCCAUGUGGAAACAUCUUUGCAAAGACUGACAGGCUCCUUGAAGUCCAACGAUGCCGAACGACGUCUGGACCAGCUGAGAGAGAACCUGGACAGAGGUCGGCAGCAGUUUGAUGAUCAGCAGCUAAGCGAGUUCAGCAACUGGCUGAAGGAGCAGCGCGAGGAGGUGCUCACGUUCAAUAGCCACUGUCUGAACCGGCAGAAACAGAUGGAGGCUCUUCACUCAGACUUGAUCAGUCUGCAGACACUCCAUGACAGCUUCCACAACUGGCUGCAGGGAAAAGAGAAAGAAGACAUAACGCCACCUGAGGCCAAACAUCUGCUCAAGGACCUCCAGGACAGGAGCCAAAGAGCAGACGCCCUCGUUGAGCUCCUAGCUUCACUACGCAGGCAGGGCGUCAGAGCGGACAGACUCCUGAAGGACGGAGACAACGUGUUGGAGCGCUACCGGAAGCUGGAGGCCAAGCUAGGAACACAAGCAGAGGCCCACAGCAAGUUGGAGGCGGAACUGGAGCGGUUUGAAGUCCAAGCUCAGAGCGCCAGAACCUGGUUUAAAGACCUCCUGCAGCCCCUCACCAUAGCAGAGGGAGUCCAGCGGGUCCAGGAGAUGAGCCACAAAGCCGAGGCUGUCCUGAGCACAAAAGCCGAUGGAGACUCCAAGGUGAACCAUCUCCGAUGUCAGAGCCAGAGUCUCUGUGAGCAGGAGCAGCUGGAGCCCAGCAGGAAACAGGAAGUCCAGCGCUCGUUCAGAGAAGCGGAGGAGGAGUGGCAGGCUGUCCUCCAGGCGGCUGAGGACGCCCUCAACAAGGCGGAGACGCAAGCUCGCUUAGACCGAGAAGUGGAUGCUUUCAAAGUCCAGAGCCACAGCUUGCAGACCUGGAUCAGCGACUUGGAGGAGGAUCUCACGUCUCCUGGUGGCUGCACGGAUGAAAAGCUUCAUGACCUUCUGCUUAUCAAACCUGACAUGGAGACGAAGCUCCAGCAUCUAAAGGGGUGGUGCCAGACCAUGUGCAGCAACGUGGAUUUGGAUGAAGGCUUCCGUCAGGAGGUCCAGGAGACAAUGGGACGCACGGAGGAGCGGUGGAGGAGGGUGAUGGCGGCUGUUGAGGAGGUGCAGACUGCAGCCGCCAUGGAGACGGAGAUGGCUGCACUGCAAAGUCACACAGAGAGGACUCAGACCUGGAUCAGGGAGCUGAGGCACAAGCUCCUGUCGCUCGGGAGCCACAUGGAACUCCAGGAAAGACUCCAAGUUACUCAGGCUGUCAUGGCUGCCCAACCUGAGGGCCAAUCCAAAGUUCUGGACCUGAAGAAGGACGCGGAACAUCUGUGUGAGAAGCUGGAGGAGAACAGGAGACCUGAGGUAGCACAGCUGGUCAAGGACGUGGAGCAGCAAUGGAGGUCUGUCCUGCAGACCUGCAAAGACGCCGAACUGCGAGGUUUUGCUGAUGACUUUGAGGGUCAGCGUAAGAAGACGCAGGCGUGGGUGAGGGAGCAGGAGAGGCAGCUCCAGUCCGUCAGCGUCCAUGCUCCGCUGGAAGAGAGACGCCGCACAGCCCAGGACGUACUGCAGUCCAAACCUGAUGGCGACUGUCAGGUGAACAACCUGAGGAGGCGGGGCCAGAGUCUCUGUGACCGUCAGGAUGUGGAAGAGGGUAAGAAAGGUCAAGUCCAGCAGACGGUCCGAGACACGGAGGAGCAGUGGAGGAACGUUGUGCAGGCCGCCAGAAAGCUGGAAGAGGACGCAGAAGCUGAGCUGAACCAGGAGAUGGAGAGGAGAGAGUUGGAGCUGGCAGAUUUGAAAAGCCUUCAUCUGGAAACCAGCAACUGGCUUUCAGACCUCCAGCAUCAGCUAGGUUCCCUAACCGGUCAAGAUAGACAACACGCCGCACAGACCAUUAUCGGUUGCAAGUCUGAGGCGGAUGCUAAACUCCAGGAGAUGAAGAGACGCUGCCAGGCUUUGGACGCUGACGAGCUGGAGCAGCACCUUCAUCUGCAGCACCUGCAUCUUCAGCAGAUGGUCCAGGACUUAGAGGACCGCUGGACUGAGACCCUCCACGGUGCCAAAGAGAUUGUGGACGCGGCGGAGAAGCGAAACGCUCUGCAGUGUCAGCUGAGGAAGCACCAGGAGAGCAGGGAGGAAGUCCAAGCCUGGCUGGAAGAAAAGCGACGGGACCUUCAUUCCCUCAACUGUUCCAAAGAUCCUGAAAGGACCAUAAGCACCGCACAGGACAUCCUGAGCUCCAAACCAAACGGAGACUGCCGGCUGGCCGAGCUGAGAAGACAAAGUCGCAGUCUGUGUGACCACGAGGACGUGGAGGACGCUGCCAGACGGGAGUCUGAACAAGCGCUCACAGAUUUAGAGGAGCAGUGGAGGACGUUGCUCCACGAUGCUGAGGACUCCCUGAAGAAAGCAGAGCUUCUGUAUUCACUCUCCAGGGAGCUGCAAGCCUUCUUCAGCCAGGCGGCCAGCACUGGGGCCUUGUUGGAGGAUCUGCACACUCAGCUGGAGACCACCGGGACAGGCACCGAAGGCAGCCAAGUCCAGAUGGAGGACAGACUGAAUACCAUACGGAUCAUCUUGAACUCCAAGUCCAGCGGAGAGACUCGAGUGACGGAGCUGCAAAGGCGUGUGCAGAGUCUGUGUGAACACCAAGAUCUGGAGGAGGACAGCAGGCUGGAGAUCCAAACGCAGCUGAAAAAGCUGGAAGAGCAGUGGCGGACCAUCAUGCAGGCUGCGGAUGAGAGGAGCAGACUACUACAGGGCGUCGUGGACCUCCUGGUGUCCUGUCAGUACCGGCGAGCACAAGCUGAGGCUGGUCUGCAGGAGCUCCAGACACAAAUGUCCAGUCUGCCUCGCGUCUUCCCCUGGCCGGGUCUGGGGGAGCGCAGGCAGGCGGUGGAACAAGCUCAGACCCUGCUGGACAGGAGCGCAGCCCUUGGUCCGCUCCUCGAUGAUCUACACACCCAGGCUGUGGAACUGUCUGAGACCACCCGGGACCCCGAAUGGGCUGAUGCUACCUGGGGCAGCAUGGAGGAGGCCAUCCCAUUUCUUCACAAGGACUUGACUGAGGCCCUGGAGAACCUGGAGCAAGGCAUCAUGGCAGAGAGGAGGUGCACACAGCUUGUGGAGCAGCAUGAAGCAGCACAGGACUGGUUGCGAGAGCAAGUGAAAGCCCUGGAAGCUCCUCCAGAUGAUAAACAAGGUCUUCACGGUGCCAUCAACACCCUGAAGGCUUUACUCCAGACCGUGGAUCGGGAGCAGAGAGAGAUGAAGGAGCUGGAUUCCGCCAGAGAUGAUCUGCUCAGCCUCUGUACCCCUGGAGGUCGUGACGCUCUGACCCUGGAGGUCAGUCACCUGCAUGAGCUUUGUGUCACGUCUGAGCUGGACGUGAGGGAGCGCCUGGAGGCCAGCGAGGCCCGCUUGCGGGACCUGGAACGCCAGGCGGCCCAGAGAACCAAGGAGCUGACGGAGAGGGCGGCUGCGCUGCAGGGGGAUCUGCGGUCUCUGGAUCAGGCCCUCGCAUACGACCAACUGCAGGACCACAUUGAGCAGCUCCAGCAGCACUGGAACAGCCUGCAGAAUUGUGCCAAGUCUCUGGAGGAGCUCUGGGUGAAGGUUGAAGAGCUGCAUCAGGAUGUCGGUUCUGCCCAGGAGAUGCCAACAGAAAUAACCACCACAGUCGAGUCUCUUCGCCAGCACCAUGACAGUUUACAGAGCAGGCUUAGCGAGCAUCAGCAAAGCUGCUCCACAAACGCUGCUCGCUGUUUGACCGAUGCUCUCCAAGCCCUGCAGGAAUGGAACCACAGCGAGCCGUUAGAGUCCAUAGCAUCAAUGCAGGAGACAGCAGAGGAAGGGGAAAAGAUGCAGGCUGUCCUCCAGGAGGCGCUUUCCCAUCAGCAGUUUUUGAGUGACUGCCUGAAUCAGGAUAUGUUCCACAAACUUUCAAAAGACGGUUCAGAAACUCUCAGACAAGCAGGGACACGUCAGAUGUCUCUCCGCCACAAGUUAAAGGAUCUGAAGGAGAAAAGUGAGCCAACAAGCAAGGGUCAGUCCACUGAUGUUCAUAAUCAAUCUGAAGAUAGUCAGACAUCUUUGGUGGCCCCACCACGGAGAAACAAGCAGCCCACGGAGAAAAAGUCUAAAGUUGAAUUCCACCAAAACGUUCCCUCAACCAGCACGCCAACACUGGACCAGGAUGACUUGUCCGUGUCAUCCAGGUCCAGUGAGCAAACGGAAUCUACUGUUUCUGAAGAAUGCAAAGAUAUUCCAGCACAGAGGAAGUCCAAGAUCCAGGAUGUGUCCCCGGCUCCUCCAUCCCCAAAAAGCGAACACGAAUCCAAAAGGACCUUGGACCAGGAGAAAGAUGAAGCUGUUUUGGAACAGAGUAAGCUUCUAGCACCAAAACGAAAGGCAAAGCCUGCAGAGUCUCCUGACCUCAACGAGGUAGCACAGGACAAAGAUGGAACCGAAGGGCUUCACGGUGCCACCGCUGUGGAUCCGUUCUCUGCCAGUUCUGCAGAAGCCAGCCAGGAACCUUCUUUAACUCCUGAAGAAUGCACAGGAGUAUCUGCUGCACCUGUUGUGGAAGCAAAGGUUACACCACCUAAAAGAAAGUCCAAGAUCUCACCACAAGCGCCUUUGAAGGAGGAGCCAACUGUGACAGAAGAAGAGUCCCAUGUGGAACCCAAAGAGGAAAAGCUGACGGACAACAAAGAACUUGGAGUCUGUGAUGAUUCUAACCUCCAAGAAGCAGGAAAGGACUCGGAAAGUGGGGAAGCGUCUUUAGUUACGCAACUGGUGACGGGAAUCAUUGAGUCCGCAAUGAAAGACAUGGCUUUGCCUUGGAAGAAAGAUCAGCCAGAACUGGAAACUAGGAAAACUUCCCAAGAUGUCACAGGAAUUCCCGAAGUUGUUAUCUCGGAGGAAGCGAGGAUCAUCCCACCCAAAAGAAAGUCAAAGAGUUCCAAGAUUUCUCCAGAACUUCCUAAAAGAGAGGAGCAAUUUUUGAGAGAAGAAGAAUUCCAUCUGGAACACAAAGAGGAAGAGCUUCUCCAAGAUGAACAACUUGGUGCCUGUGACAAUUGGGAAAGUGGGGAAUCUUCUGUAGUUGCUCGACUGGUCACUGGAAUCAUUGAAGCUGCUAUGAAAGAGGUUGGUUCCCCUUCACAGAACGAUCAGCUGGAACUGGAAAGUAGAAGAACGUCACAAUCGGUCACAGGCGUCCCUGAAGUUCUUAUUCCAGAAGAAGAAAGGAUCACUCCACCCAAACGAAAAUCCAAGGGUUCAAAGAUUUCUCCAGAGCUUCCUAAAAGAGAGGAGCAAAUUUUGACAAAAGAAGAAUUCCAUCUGGAACACAAAGAGGAACAACUUCCAGAAGACAAAGAACUUAGUGCCUGUGAUGAUUCGGGUGAUGGUUCAAACCCCCCAAAAGAGAGAAAAGACUCUGAAAGUGAAAGUGGAGAAGCUUCUGCAGUUGCUCAUCUCGUCACAGGAAUCAUUGAAGCUGCUCUGGAAGAUGUUGGUUUACCUUCAUGGAACCAACCAAUGAUACUGGACAGUAGACAAUCUUCCUCAGUUCCAGAUGUCACAGGAAUCCCUGAAGUUGUUGCGGAGGAAGGGAAAUUCCUUCCACCUGCAAGAAAGUCAAAGGACAUGAAAGUUCCACCCAAGCUUCCAUCCGGAGAGGUCACGGUGUCCACUAGAGAUGAAAGUCACGACUAUGACAGUGAAGAAACAUCUCCAGAAGCACCUGCAGUCACAACAACAAUGGAGACUGCUGCUGUAGAUGAAAGAAUCACCUCACCACCCAAAAGAACUUCCCAGACAUCAACAGCUUCUCCAGAACUUACUAAAAACACAGAAGAAGAACCUGAACGCCAGAGACCUUGUUCCAUUGCAGUUUCUGAAGAAUGUAAACUGAAAGAAGAAGCAGAAACUGAAGAGAAAUCUUCUGAUUCUGCUGAGGACUCUGAGGUCUUCAUCCCUGUCCUGCCCAUUGAAAGAAAAGCAAAAGGUCCAGAUGUUUCCACAAAGUCGGAUUCAGGUGUGGAUGAAGAAAGUGACUUGCAGCCGAAAGAGAGUCAGCAACAAGCAGAUGCUGUGGGAACAGCAAGAACAUCUGAAGAUGCCGUAGUGGAAAAGAUCACACCACCAAAAAGAAAAGCGAAGAGUGGGAAGGUUUCAUCAGAAACUCCUAAACUUCCCACCAGGAGAAAGUCCAAAAAUCAUGAAGUCCCCACAGUGUCCAUAGAGCCGCUUAUUGUUAUCGGUGAAGGUACGGAGCCCAACACUGAAGGUUCAAGACAAAGCCCAGGUGACCCAGAGCGUAAACCCGAUGUUUUGGAGGACAGAAAGCCCUCGCCCCCCAUAAGAAGGACCAAGAGCUUGCAGACUUGUCCAGAACCUGAGAAAGGGGACGAUCCAAAUGUUGAAGAAGAGGACAAACGUCCAGAUACUGAAGAAGUAGCAACACAUGACAUGCAUGAUGCCAUCAAGAGCCUGCCAGAAGAUAAGGCUACCCCUGACGUCCAAGUGAAGACCAAGCGGGAUGAGACCACGCCUACCAUGCAUGCAACUACAGCUGACAGUGAUGUCACUAAACUUCCUGUUCUUCCACAUGCGGAUGAAACGUCUCCAGAAACGACCUCAGCUGAAGAAACCAUGACUCCGAUGCAAACUGUCAUUGAGCUGGAACUGUUGGAAAGACCUGAAGAAGUGAAGGAAGGUCAUGUCCAGGUACGGGUCUGCAACACUGAUGCCACCAUGAGCUUGGAAAAACCAUCAGUAUUGUUAGAAAGAAUCCCAGCGAGGGCUGGUGGAGACACCUUCAGAGUAAAUAUCCAGGCUCAAGGAGAAGAUGGACAACUAGAUGAACAGCAAACGCUCCAAACGCUCCAAACGCUCCAAACGCUCCAAACGCUCCAAAGUGAGCCCGGUGGAUCCAGCUCUGUGAUUUUGACGACACUUGAGCCAAAUGAAACGGAAGUGAUAGAAAUAAUAUUAUGUGAGGAGGUCGUGGAAAAGAACCUCCAGAUGGACGGUCAGGUGGAAGCUCUGGAAAGCAGCCAGGAAGGAAAUACUGAGACAGUGGAGCAAACAUCUGCCAUAUCUCCAAACUGUAUGCAAGAUGCGGCCAUGAUGAUUGACAUAGGACCCAAAGUGCAUGUUUUACACGUGGAUAUAACGACGUGUCAAGAAGAACGGGACAACAGGCUGGAAACAGAACCCACACCAGAAAUAGUCCAAAGUCAUAUUCAGGGUGAGAGGCUGCCAGAAGACAAAGACACCUCCAUCCAGGAUCUACACAACACAGCGGUUGAGGAGGUACCAGGAUGGCCAUCUGCUCAGCUCCUCAGUGACGUGUCAGCAGAGAAAGAAGUAUUGACGAGCACUGGAGGAGGCACCAAAGACGUCUUGGCUGAAGGAUCUUCAAGUGGUGACGGUGAGAAGGCUUCAAAGGACACGACUGAUGAUCAGGAGAAAGACAAACCUCCAAGAGAAACGUCACCAGAGGAAGAAGAAACCAGCACUGAGGUGCAUGACGUCGAGACCCAACGUGAAGCAGCUAGUCCGAGUUCCGCUGCUUUUGAGCCAGUUCACCCACUGGAAAGUGGAGGUGAGAAGGAAGAGACCAAGUGGACUCAAAAUGGAGAUCAGUCACAACUAGGUGCUGAAUCCCAAAUACCUGUCCCACAAGAGAAGGAGUCUGGGCAGGACUCAGGUGUCCAGGCUGGUACAGUAAACAAUGAUGAGGCUGCCGGUGGUCUUCAGCCUGGACAAGAGAAGGAGUCUAGGCAGGACUCUGGUGUCCAGGCUGGUACAGUAAACCAUGGAGAGGCUGUCGGUGGUCUUCAGCCUGGACAAGAGAAGCAGUCUGGGCAGGACUCUGGUGUCCAGGCUGGUACAGUAAACAAUGAUGAGGCUGCCGGUGGUCUUCAGCCUGGACAAGAGAAGGAGUCUGGGCAGGACUCUGGUGUCCAGGCUGGUACAGUAAACCAUGGAGAGGCUGCCGGUGGUCUUCAGCCUAUGAGGUCAGCAAUUAAAAGGACAGAAACGGAAGUUUCAGAGUUAGCUGACACUCAUUCCCACCCUCAUCCCGACACGGAAAAAGCGGUCAGUGCAACAACAGAAGAAGCUGAUGAUAUGAUCACUCGUAGAAGACCAAAGGAACACGGGAAGGUAGACACGACAACAAGCACCUCUGAGCAGAAGGUUGUCAAAUUCGAUCCUAAUGAACCAGAAACAUCUCUGAUGACGGACAUCUUCUCAGCCAUAAAGAUGACCACCAACACAGGACUUCUGAAUGAGGCUGGAGCAUGUGAAGAUUCCGUGGCAGAUCUCCUGACCUCCAGCGGUGACCUGGCCGAUCACCAUUGCAGGCUAUUGUCAAAACUUCUGAGCUGUAAGAACCAACCUUCUGAGCUGCAGCCAACAGCCAUGACGCAGCAGGUGAAUGUGGCCCAGGAAUGUCAGGACAUGGCCCAGGACCAGACGUUACGUCUGUGCCGGCGGAGAGAAGCAGAUGAGGAGAACUCAGAUACUUUGAAGUUCAUGGAGGACCAGUGGAGCGCCGUUGCUCAGGAUGCAGCCGUCGUGGUCCAGAACAAAGUGGCCCAUCUGGAACUGGUGCAGAGCUUCCGUCAUCAGACUGAAGAAGCCAGGACUACACUGGGAAGACUGGCAACUGAACUGGAUGCUGUAGGAAUGUCCCCGGCAGAGAGCAGCCAAACGGAGGCAGAUCGGCUGAAGUCCUUAAAGAGGGACAUGGAGGAAAACAGGAGCGUCCUUGGGAAGUUGGAUGGGAUCCACACCAAGCUCCAUCCUCUUCUUAGCCGCUCCCAUCAAGCAAGUGCAAAUGAUCAGCUUCAGACUCUCCACCAGGAAUGGAGAGACCUGGAGAGACUUGUGGAGAAGGCCUUGCAUCACACGGACGUCCGCUACCAGAACGCCAGCAGCCUUCUGCUGGAGCUGUCGUACCUGCGGGGACACCUCGAGUCCAUCAGUGAAGACCUGGAGGCCAAACAUCCGCAAGUGUGCCAGUGGGAUUACAAGAAGGCCCAGAGGUUGAUGAUGGCACAAGCCGAGGUUGAAGCUGCUCAGGUGAAAUAUGAGGACUUGGGAGAGAGGUUGCAGGCUCUACUCCCCAGCUUAUGGCCAGAAGAAACAGCAGAGAUAAAGAAAGGUCUGCUGAACGUCAAAGACCAACUUUGUCUCACAGAAGAAUGGCUAUCUUCUCAAAUUCACAAGUGCAGUAAUCCCAUCAUGGAGAAGGUCAUGGCGGUGGCGAGCGGCGGCUUCUCCUGGGCUAAGCAGAUCUUGAGUGAUCUUGAAGGCAGACGAAGGAGGUUGUCUCUGCAACCCGAGGUGGUCCACCAGCAGCUCAGGGAUCUGAAAAAGCUGCAGUCUGAGGUGGCAGUCAAGCAGAGCCAACUAAAGUCACAGGCCAAGGAGAUAAGAGGGUAUCUGCCACAGCUGGACCCGGCGGAGGAGAUCCCUGUGGUGCAUUCGUUGCUGGAAUCUCUGGAAGAACUUUCAACGUCAAUCACUGAGAAGAUAGUCCAGGCCAUGAAGGACACAGAAUCCGGUCUGCAGGUCAGGGAAAAGUUGUGGGAACAGAUUGCAGAUCUGGACACCUGGGUUGGGACACAUCUGCAGAAAGAGACAGUGAAGAACGUAGGGGGGAACUUGACGUGUCCUGCUGAAAGUGACCACCGUGAGAUCCAAGAGACGCUGACUGAGGCUGAGAAGCAGUCUGCUGCCUGCAAGGUUCUUUUGAUAAAGAGUAGCGACAUGGCCGCUGAGCUAAGCAUCAAAGAGGAUUGCCAGCUUUUUGACAAGCUCAUGGACCUCCAGGAAGACAUCUACACGAUUAGCAGAUACCACACCUUCAACAAAAAUGAGCUGGAUGAACAUGUGAGAUCUUUAGAAUCAAGCAAGCAACAGCUCGCCACAAUUGAAGAAAGCCUCAGGCAGAUGCGAGUAGACCUGGGAAGUCUAAGGUUCCCUGUCACAGAAGAAUCCCUCCUAGUUUUGGAACCGUACAAGCAAAGGCUUUUGGAGCACAAGUCACAGAUUGACACCAUCUACUCCUGGAUUCCAGAAGAAAAGAGCAUGGAACUCCACGCAGUCACGGCUGAAAUCCACAACAAAAUGACCCGUCUGCAAACGAAGGCCAGCGAUCAUGAGAGGUACCUCAACAUGAGGCAAUGUCUGGAAGACCUUAAAGAAGCGGUUGAGGAACAGGUCAACCAAACCAGAGAAGAUGGCAUAGAGGUGGUGGAGAAGUACAAGAUCUGUCAGAAGCUCCUUUUCCAGUUCCCUCUGAUAAGAAAGCUAUGUGACGAUGUUGGAUCUAACCUCCAGAUGAUCUUGGCUGACCUUCACCCUUCACAGCUGAGCUCAGAGCAGCAGAGACUUCAAGAAAAUGAGCAGAGCUUCAAAGACCUGGAGAUGAAAACCCUGAACAACCUCAGCCUCAUUGAGUGGUGUCUGCUGAAGGAAGUGGAUCUGGACUCAGAGAGGAAAGCCACUCAGGCCUUCCUGUGGGAUGCCCAUCAAGAACUCCAAACCCCCCCACAGAUGGAGCUGCACCAGAGAUCCAUGAAUGAGGAAUACCAGAAGAUAAUGUCUUUGAAAACGACUGUUGAGUCGAGAAUAAGAGCCUUGGAUCUUCUAGAGCAGAACAAAGAAAACAAAGAAGGACCAAGCUCCUCAGAUCUUGAAGACUUGAAGAAUGAAGUUCUACGUGAAUGUGACUCACAAAUGGAUCAUAUCUCCGAUGCAAUGAUAUCUCUGAGAAAGUACACACGUACCGUAAAACAAGCACUUCAGUUCCUGAGGAACACUGAAGCCUCUCUGCUACCCAUUCUCGGCUCAACUGGAGUCUGCCAUGAAAAGCUGGAGGAGACCCAGAAGAUCUUGGCCUCCCUGGAAGACCACGCCCAGACUUACAUGAACCAGCUGAAGGAUGAACCUGCUCCGCAUCCUUACCUGUCCCCUGUGGAGGUGGAGCAACUCCAAGAGGCUGUGCUGAGCCAGUUCCUGGUCCGGAUGUCCACACUGAAGGCCAGGGGCUACCUACAUUUGGAGAAUCUUACCAGCUGUGCGGAAACGUACAGAAAUGACGGCAAAUGGAGUGACCACAUCAGCCUGCGUUUGAGGAAGGCGGAGGGGGGCCUUGCUGAGGUGGUCUCCCAUAAGGUCACGUCCCCGGCUGAGUGCAGUGAGCAGCUAGCAAAGGUUGCGGCUCUGCAGGAGGAGCUGGAUUGUCUGCAGAAGCAUCUGGAGGAGGUGGUGGAGUGGUGUCCGGAGCAGAGUUGCCGCGGACACCGGGAAACCUCAACGGCGGCCGCAUGGAGAUGCAUUGCGAGACUGAGGCACGGCUGUCAGCAGCUGACUUCAAGACUCAACCAACAGAUUGCAGAAUGGCGUGACAUCACCCGCAGGGUGGAGAAGGCAUCUGAUCUACUGCAGCAAGUGGAGGUGGAGCUCCCGGAGCCCGCCCCGUUGACUGCAUCUACCGAUGAGCUUCGUGAUCUGCAGCAGUCCUGGGACCAAUACCAGGACAGGCUGGACUGUGAGCACCGCGCCCUCUCUGCCCUUGAACUACGCAUUGCCAGGCUGCUGGCUGUCCCCGCCCACGUGGAACAGGCUCCACCCACUCCACUCUGCCAGCAGCUGCAAGCCAUGCAGGCCAGGUACAACAGCGUGAAGCAGAGGAGCCUCAAGGGUUUGGAGUCCAUCACGCUGGAGCUGGAAGAGAAAGAAAGAGUGCAGGAGGAGCUGCGGGUCGUCUGGGUCUGGUUGACAGCCGCUGACAGUCUUCUGUUGGAGAUGGAUCCAAGCAGCAACAAAGCACAGCUGAAGGAGAUUCACAGCCAGCUGUGCAUCCAGAAGGCUAUGGUCCAUCGUAUCACGGAAGGCCUCAAGACAAAGUACUUCCAGGUGGUCCCCGUGGAGAUCGAUGGCCAACUGCAGGAGAUCCAAAAAACUCUGCAACAGGUCGAAGUUAAGGUAGAAGAAGCUAUAGAACAAAGCGGCCUUGUGAACACAAUUGGUGCAAAGUUGCUGGAGACUCAUGCUGCCCUGACGUCAGUGCAGGAGACGCUGGAAGUGAGAAGUUCCACUGUGAAGGAUGCAAAGCUUUCUCAGAAGCUGCUGUGGGACGAGUUGGACAGAUGGCACAAGUGUGUGGCAGCACUGGAAGCCGACAUGCGAGACCUGGAGCAUCCACAGGAGGCGCUGUCCCUCACAGAGAGGCUGAUGGAGGUGCAGGAGCUCCACGCUCAGCUGGCCAAACGGGCGGAGCAAAGGACAACCCUCCUCAGCAAGAUGCAAACGCGCCUUCAGGAGCAUCAGGAAAUGAUUGACAGCUCCAAGAGUUGGAUGGCGGAGGCUAAGUCGUGGCUCGCCGCUCCCCGCACGUACACCACGGCCAAGUGUCUGAGCGAUCACGUCCAAGAUCUGCAGACGGUCUUGAAGGACUCAGCACAGAUCCGAACCACCUUGCAGGGUUUCAGUUCAGUCCUGGAGGACAUGUCUCAGGUGGUGGAUGUCUCGGCGCUCCGGGAAGAACUCAUCCAAGCCGACUGCCAAGUAGCCGCCGUUGAAGAUAGCUUUGCCGCUCCUUUGUCUCGACUCGAGCGUGCCGCUGCCGAGGUGGACGUGAUCGAGAGCGAGGUCAGGAAGAUGGAGAGUAACGUUGCAGAGAUCAAGACUAUUUUAUCUUCUCCAGAGACGCUGCCCAGCCCCAAAGAGAAACGUUUGAAGAUGGUGGAGCAGAGGAUCCAGACCAUGAGGAGCAGCAUCGCCGACAUUCAGAAAUCCAAACUGGAACUCCAUCUUCCGGAGAAGGCAGAGGAGACACUGGGUGUCUUCGUCGUCAUUGAUCAGCUGCAAAUGUUGCUGCUGGAGCUGGAGAAGAAAGUCCCGGCUCUCUUCAUCCAGCAGCUUCCCGCACAAGUCCCUCAGAGCACAUCCCAAGCAGGACCGCUCAAGUCCAGCUCCGAGGAAGCUGAGGAGGAAGCCGGACACGGCCGGAUCACGAUCGCUCACGUUGAGGAUGACGUGCUGCGACGUUCCGGAGCUGCGUUGAUGAGGGUGGAAAGAGCGACGCCCGAGCAGAGACGGUCAGGGCCAACCGACAGUCCGACGCGACAAGGGCACGGCGGUGGCGGCGAGGCGCUCCCUGCUGAGGAGGCCUGGCAGGAAGUGGGAGGGCAGGAGCAGAGAGUGAAGGGAGGUGGAGGAGGUGCUUUGUGGUGGCUCUGGGAUGCUUUCCUGGGUGGUUCUUCUGAGGAAGCCCCUGAAAAGAGCCAAGCUUCCAGGGAAGAAAGCGCUGAGAGAGAGUCGCUACAUGACACACAGGAUGUGUGUGAUGGUGCCACAGACCAGAGUUCUUCGGAGGAUCUAUCGGAGCCGCGAGACGCAGAUGCCAGAAGCCAGGACCCCCGUGAGAGCAUGGGCGGGGGGCCUGCCCCCCCCUGGCUCUGCCCCUCGGAAGGAGCCCUCCACGCGGGCCUGGAGCGUGUUGGUCAGCUGGAGCUGUGGCUGCUCACGGCCCACGCACGUCUGGAGGCCGGCGGGAGACGCGACAUGCAGGACGGCGUGGAGCGACAACUCCUCACCUGCCAGGAGAUGUUCCUGGAGCUGGAGCAGAAGGUGGCCAUUCUCUCCGAGCUGGGCCUGGUGGCCGAGCAGCACCGCGACCGGAUCGAUUCUCCUCCAUCGGGCGCCCCCGAAUCCCAACGGGAGGCGGCUGAGCUCCUAGCGUCCAAACUGGAGGACCUCAAGUCCAACCUGGUGUCCUUCCAGCAGCUGCUGGAGGACAAGCAGGGAGAGGAGAGGAGGCUCACCCUCAAAGAGACACCAGAGAAGGCGGAUCGCCCCCUGGUGGCCAGGCUGAGACACAGCAGCAGCCUUCAGGAGAUGUUCUCCUCUCCGAGGAACAAACUUCUCCGUCAGAGCAGCUUGCAGCAACAGAAGGAGUUGGAGCAGCAGCUCAGCGAGCAGCGAGGUUUGACGCAGGCCAUCGCUAUCGCCGGCGCUCGCCGCCUCAGCCAGGAGCCCCAGGGGCCCCAGGGGCCCCAGGAGCCCCAGGAGCCCCAGGAGCAGGCCCUGCUGUCGCCACGGAGGCGUCCCACUGAGGACGAGGACGGCAGUGCUCGUGAGACAUGGGACGGUCUUCACAGUCGGCUUCUGGCCGUGGAGGAGAGCUGGCUGCUUCCUGGCUCCGAGGUGACAAACUCAUCAGCGACGCGUCGGGAUGGAGCAGCGGGACGCCUGAUUGGCUCUGACAGCCUCCGACAGCUCCAUGCUCACGUCGGACGCCUGCGAGAUCUGGGACGGUGGGCCGAGAGGACGUCCACCCUGGACGCCCCUCAUGGGGCCCUGGAAGAGGACGUCCUUCAUGAGCUGUGGGAGCUGACCAUCUUUCUGACCUCCAUCAACCAUCUUCUCCCCCCGACUGGAGUCACGCCUGAAGACCAGGAAGACCAGGAAGACCAGGAAGACCUCCAGACACGAGUCCACUUCCAGACGCUGGCCACCGACAUGUCCGCCCUCCACCAUGAGUUGGCCACUCUGGGGGCAAAGGUCAUGGGCGUCCUGGGGUCGGCCUGUGUCCAGCGGUGCGUGGACGCCCUCUGUAGGAUCCUUCCUGCGGUGCAGGCGGCGUUGGUCAGUCGAGAUCAACAACUGGAAAACCAGGAGGAGCAAAAGUCAACGCAUCAGGCUGUGACCUCCAUGCAGGAGCAGGCUGACCACGUGGACCCCCUGAUGGGGGCGGAGACACGUCGCCACGUUCCCUCCUCUCUGGUGGAGCAGGCGGCCAUGUUGCAGGGGGAAGUGCACGCCCUCCCGUGCGGCAUGAGCCCCCGCGGUGAGGAGGCGCUGAAGCACUGCGAGCGGCUGGUGUGGAGCCUCAGGGAUCUGCUUGCUCUGGCCUCGGAACGCCUGGAUCAGAACCUGCAUCUCCAGAGUAGGACUCGGCUCCAGCAGCAGCUCAGCGCUCACAUGAGGCUCUUCCAGUUUCUGAGCCGACAUUUAGACCGCCUGCAGUUCCUGACCAAGACACUUCCAGAGAGCGGCCUCCAGAAGUGGGAGGCGGUAAUGCGGGACCUUCAGGAGGAGGCGCUCCCGCUCCAGAAGCAGGCCUUGGAGAAAGGGGUCAACAUGGGACGAAUCCUCCAGAUGUGGUCACAGUGGGAGGAGGAAGCCGCCUGGUCCGAGUCCCUGCUGCGGGGUCUGGAGACUUCAUUUCCCAGGAUGCACGUGGGGAGGGAUGCGUCAAAGCUGCUGUGUAUGUACCAGGAGCUCGGUUCCGUUCUGGAAAGGAACGCAGCUCGGCUCGGUCAGACGUUGGAGGCGGGGCUUACGCUGCAGGGGGCGGGCUGCGUGGCAGUGGGUGUGGCCUGCAGUCGGCUGGAGUCCCGUCGGAGAGGUCUUCAGAAGAGGCUGAAGAUAGACGGUGGCAAAGUGGACAGGAGGAUGAGGCUGAGGAAGAGUUUCGUUUGUGACUCCGCUGCCCUUACGGCCUGGAUGGGCGGGGCCAGGGCAAUGAUUGACAGGUGGAGGCAUCUGGUCAUCUCGGCUGCUGCCGAUGACGCUGAUGGCGAGCGGAGGCGGGACGAGUAUGGUGGCUUUGUGACGCUGAGCAAAGAGCUGGAGGACCAACGGAGACUUAAAGCGGUGCUUCUCAGCGCUGGCGCCCAACUGGCUGAGCUGAGUGAAGCUGAUGAAGACUCCGAUGAAGACUCCGAUGAAGACCCGGAGACCCGGGCGUCCCCGCAGCACGCCUCGGAACCCCAUCCUGAUUAUGUUGGCGCCCAGCUCAGACAACUGGAACAGGACUGGUCUGGUCUGAUGGUGGACUUCCCCGUGGUCCAACAAGCUCUACACAAGUGGUGGAUGGAGGCGUUGAGCCACCAGGAGGCGCUGCUGGAGAUGCUGGUCUUGCUGGAGGAGGUGGAGUUAGAUCUGGGAGAGCAACACCACCUGAUGGAACCCGCCUCGUGGACUAGCCUUGAGCUCAAACAGCGUCUCAAGUCCUGUAAGGACUAUCAGGUGGAGAUGUCAGCCCAUCAGGCCACGCUGGACCACGCCUGUCAGCCAUCACAGAGCUGCAGUACCGGGGGUCGCCACUGGGGGCGCUAUGAAGAAAACCAGUUUGCAGAAGAUCAAGGUGGCCUCAACCAUCGCUGGCUCGCUUUGCAGGCGACGCUGAGCUCUCAGACCGACAGGCUGGAGGAGGAGUUGCGGAUCAGGACGGAGCAGGAAGUCGCUCUCCAGCGGAUCGACCGCUGGAUCGCAGAUCAGAAGCUGUGGGUGGAGUCGGCUCGGACCCCCCGCGGCCUGGGAGAGCUUGGGAGGAGCGUAGACACCUGCAAGAACCUGGAGGAGCAGAUCCAAGUGAGAGCUGCGGCUCUGCAGGAGAUGUCCAGCCAACCUGGCAGACAUCUGAGGCAUCAGACGUCUGAGUCCAGCAUGGCCUGCACGGCGCUAGCACAGCAGAAUGAAGCCGUGAAGAGCGGUCUUCUUGAAGCCAGGCGGCUGUGGCUCUCGGCGGACGACAGACUUUGCGGCGUGAGGCUGAGACACGUGACGACCUCGCACAUGUUGGCGUAUCUCCACGGCCCUCGACUCUCCCUGCAGGCCCACAGAGACCUCCUGAACCAGCUGGAGGAUCUCAAUGAGGAGAUGGAGACCUCCGAGGUGGAGUGGGACCAGCUCAAUGAAACCCUCACCGCCCUGGAAGACCUCAUCCAUCCUGCUGCAGCCUCCCUUCUCACCGAGGAGAUGACCCGACAGAGACACAGUUGGAGCAGCGCGUCCGUGGCGUUGGACCAGCGCCUCCAGAGGAGCCGUGACAUCCUGUCAGCGUGGGAUGUCUACGCCCGGAGUGCUGCUGCCUUCUCGCAGCGGGUCAAGACUCUGAAGGGGGACGCCACGCGCAUCCUGGGGGGCGCCAGCAGGCCAGCCAACACGGUCGACGGCAUCACCGAGACCGCACGCCAAGUCCAGACUUUGCGUGAGAGAGCCGAUGCUUUGCAGUUUGACCUGCAGGAGGUGCUGGACUCCUCCAAGGACCUGAUUGGCUGCCUGGAGCCCUCAGCUGCAGCUCUGGUCCAAUCAGAGAGCAGGUUGCUGUCACGUGGGGUCCUGCAGCUGAGCGAGACGCUGGCUGGGAAGCAAGCUGAGCUGAGGGAGGAGCUGGAGACGCUGCAGGAGGUCAGCAGUCUCCUGGACGAGCUGGAGUCCAAACUGGGACGUUGGCUGGUGUGGCUGGAGGACACGCACCGCAGCACGGACCAGUCUGGCUUCCUGGAGCUGAGCGCCCUGACCGCCGACCUGGACGUGCUAAACGAGCUGAGCCACGGCGUCACGCUGGCCGACGAUGCCGCACGCCGCCUGCAGUUGCUCAACUGCCGCUGGAGAGACGCGUCCGCCCGAGCCGAAGAGGCCUGCAGUGAGCUGCAGACGGACGCCUUGAGGCAGCAGACCUUUGAGAAGAAGUGCGAGAGCUGGAUGGCGUUCCUGCAGAGGAUGGAAGAUCAGCUGGCCGUCGACGUGUCGGGUUCGUACGCCGGCCUCAGGCAGCAGCUGUGCACUCACCAGCGAUUCCAGGUGGAGCUGUCCAUCGGCCACCAGAUCCUCCAUUCCGUCAUCUCCGACGCGCUUCGCUUGCUGCAGAGAGGAGAGGUGGACGACAGGAGCGACUUCAUCCUGAAGCUGACCCAGCUGAGGGAGCACUGGCAGGGCGCCGUGCGGCGGGCUGACCAGCGGCGCUCCCUGGUGGAGGGUUUGGUCAGGCAGUGGCACCUUUACCGGCGCAGCCUGAAGAAGCUGCAGCGCUUCCUGUCCGACACUCAGAUCCUGCUGCCGCUGGGCGGGGGCGGGCCCAACCGAUGCAGCCUGCAGCAGCUGCGAUGCUCGCUCCGGGACCUCCAGCACACCGAGCUGCUCUUCCAGAGGUAUCAGUGCAGUUUCAUUCACACCCUGGAGGUGGGCCGCCAGCUCUUCUCCAUGGCUGACGAGGAGACCCAGAGCCAGAUCCAGAUGGACCUGGGAACGCUGCAGGAGGAGUGGGACAACCUCCAAAGUCUGCUGAGCCGCAGGCUGGACCUGGCCCAGACCAUCGUGGAGAACUGGGAGCGCUGCGAGGCAGGACUGGCAGACAAAACACUGCAGCUGAAGGACAUGAAGACCAGACUCAACCAGCUGCUGCCAGAUUAUGACGACCAGCCGCUCGCCAACAAGGAGAACGAGGACUCCCUGGAGGACUGGGCUGAAGGUCUGACAGACCUGAGCACCAUGAAGACGGACCUGAGCCAGUACAUCAUGGCCGAUGACGUGUUGCUGCUGGAGGAGCAGGUGGAGCACCUGCACUGCCAGUGGGAGGAGCUAUGCCUUAAGGUGUCUCUACGUAAGCAAGAGAUCGCCGAUCGCCUCAACGCUUGGAUCAUCUUCAACGAGAAGAACAAGGAGCUCUGUGAUUGGCUCGCCCACAUGCAGAACCAAGUGGCGCACACCGCCGACCUCAACAUCGAGGAGAUGGUGGAGAAGCUGAAGAAGGACUGCAUGGAGGAAAUCAACCUGUUCAGCGAGAACAAAAGCCAUUUGAAGCAGCUGGGAGAACAACUCAUCAGCGCCAGCAACAAGACCAAGGAGGGCGAGGUCAACGACAAGGUCAACGAUGUCAACGACCGCUGGCAGCAUCUCUUCGACCACAUUGAAGCCAGGGUGAGGAAGCUGAAGGAGACCUUGGUGACGGUGCAGCAGCUGGACAAGAACAUGAGCAACCUUCGCACGUGGUUGUCCCGCGUGGAGGCCGAGCUGUCCCAGCCGCCGGUCUACCACGUCUGCCACGGGGACGAGAUCCAGAGGAAGCUGGCCCAGCAGCAGGACCUUCAGCGGGACAUUGAGCAGCACACGGAGAGCGUGGCGUCGGUGUUGACGCUGUGCGAUGUCUUGCUACACGAUGCCGAUGCCUGCGGCAGCGAUUCGGAGAAUGACUCCAUCCUGCAGACCACCCGCAGCCUGGACCGCCGCUGGAGGAACAUCUGCGCCAUGUCCAUGGAGAGGAGGAUCAGGAUUGAGGAGACGUGGCGUCUCUGGUGCAAGUUUCUGGAUGACUACGCUCGCUUUGAGGAAUGGCUGAAGGCGGCCGAGCUGACGGCAGCCAAUCCCGACUCGGCUGAUGUCCUCUACACCAGCGCCAAGGAGGAGCUGAAGAAGUUUGAGGCCUUCCAGCGGCAGGUCCACGAGCGCCUGACUCAGCUGGAGCUGGUCAACAAACUGUACCGCCGCCUGGCCCGGGAAAACCGCACGGAUGCGGCCAGCAAACUCCGCCUCAUGGUGGCCGAGGGCAACCGGCGGUGGGACGGCCUGCAGAGGCGGGUGGGGGCCGUGCUGCGCAGGCUGAAGCACUUCACAUCUCAGAGAGAAGACUUUGAGGGAACUCGUGAGGGGAUCCUGGUCUGGCUGACGGAGAUGGACCUCCAGCUCACCAACGUGGAGCACUUCUCCGAGAGCGACAUCGAGGACAAGAUGAGGCAGCUGGACGCGUUCCAGCAGGAGAUCACGCUCAACACCAACAAGAUUGACGCCCUCAUCGUGUUUGGGGAGAACCUGAUCCAGAAAAGCGCUCCUCUGGACGCCGUGCUGAUCGAGGACGAACUGGAGGAGCUCCACUCGUACUGCCAGGAAGUGUUUGGACGCGUGGCCCGCUUCCACCACCGCCUGGUCCACAGACGCCCGGUGCUUGAGGAGGAGAGGGAGCUGUCUGAUCUGGAGAACUCGCCCGAGCCCAGCAGCGCCGCCUCUUGGAGGGACACCUUCAGGAAAGACGGGAACGGACGUCAGACCAUGUGUCAUCUCCUGGCGCCGCCUCCGGAGCAUUCGGGGAGAGAGACCCCCGUCAGCGUGGACUCCAUCCCGCUGGAGUGGGACCACACGGUGGACGUGGGGGGGUCUUCAUCACACGAGGACGACGAGGACGCCACCUUCUUCAGCGCCCUGUCAGUGAAGUCUGUUUGCGGCGCCCCAAGCUGGCACCAGCCCGACCCCGGAGAAGCGGCGUCCCUCCCGCCGCACGCCGCGCCCACUUCCUUCCACCAGCAGGGCUACGUGAAACUGAUGUCCGAGUGCAGCGGCAGCAUCGACAACGUCAAGAGAGUCAAGCUGAUCCUCAACGACGUCGAGGAGGAAGUGGACGUUUCCGGUCUGACGAGCAGCACCGCCCACAAACACACGUGCACAGGUGUGAUGGAGCGCUGGGAGGUCCUCCAGGCCCAGAAGGUGAGCAAGGAGGCGGACCUCAAGCAGAACCUGCAGCAGUGGCACCGCCUCCACGCCGACCUCAAGCAUGUCACUUCCUGGCUGGACACCGUGCUUCCCGAGCUGGAGAAGCUGCAGAACAUCACGCCGUCCACCGGCGUCAAGGACUUUGAACGCAACAUUAGGACGCUCAAGGAGAUGCAGAAGACGUUCGGCAGCUACAAGCGGUUGCUGAUGUCCGUCAACCUGAGCAGUCGUCACUUCCUGCGGGCCGACAGCGCCGAGCUGCGAGAGCUGAGGGCGCGGCUGAGCUCGGCCAACCGGGGCUGGACGCGGGCGUGCGGGGCUCUGGAGCGCUGGGAGGCCACACUGCACGCCGCGCUCAUGCAGUGUCAGGAGUUCCACGAGACGCUGCGUUGCCUGCUGGCGUGGUUGGCUCAGGUCCAGAACAAACUGAGCGACAUCGAGCGAAGACAACACGGGAAGUCCCACGCCGUCCUGAUGGAACAACGGGACACGCUUGUGGCCCUCCAGGAGGAGAUGCGCGGCCGCCAGCCGGAGGUGUCGUCGCUGCAUGCCAUCGCCACACAGCUCCUCCUGGAGGCCGAAGAGGAGGACAGUGUGGAGGCCAAGGAGAAGGUCCACGUCAUCGGCAACAAGCUGCGUCUCCUCCUGAGACACGCCCACAUGCUCCAGGACGCCGUGCAGCAACAUCUGGAGGACCAGGAUGAUCCAGCAGACCAAGGACAGACGCUCGCUAGAAGACGGGAGGCACCCCCUCGCCGCCCCCUCCUGUCCCGCGUCCUGCGGGCGGCGUUCCCGCUACAGCUGCUGCUGCUGCUGCUGCUGGCGUUGGCGUGCUUGGUGCCGCCGUCGGAGGACGAGUACAGCUGCACCCUCAGCAACAACUUUGCCCGCUCCUUCUACCCCAUGCUGAGGUACACCAACGGGCCCCCACCAACAUGAGUGUGUGUGUGUGUGUGUGUGUGUGGAGAUGUUAUUUAUUGAUUGGUGAAAAGCCAUAAAGACUAUUUUUACUAGCUAGAUGUUAUUUUGUACAAAAAUCCUUUUUGUGAUCCACGGAAAGCCAAGCUGAAGCUGAUGAAUGUCGUACAGGAGGACCAGUCCUAUUUUAGCAUCACGUCUGCAAUGUGGACGGCUACAUCCGGAGAAACAAUUUGCUGUGUUUGUGUCCGAUCAAGCAUGAUUUAUUUCCUUUGGCUCAUCAAGCUAGCAUGUUAGCUUCGUUUUGAGCUGCGCCGGCUAGAAGAAAGGCUAUCUAGCUAGCAUCAAAGAACAAAAGAACAAAAUAAAAGGUACAUGAAUUUGUGUGA